CCUAUAAAGCCUCCCUCUGUUUCUCCGCCUCAGCUUUCUGAUAAUCUUGUUCUAGUUCUCUCUCUCUCUCUCUCUCUCUCUCUCUCUCUCUCUCUUGUGCCUUCUCUUGUUUCUCUUGUGCCUUCUCUUGUUUGAGAGUCAUUUCGAUUUGUUUUUCUGAUUUGGGAUCUGUGAUUUCUAGGGUUUCUUCGUAACGUAAAGGUAAACCCAAUGAGUUCAGAGUCGUUUCUAUGACACUCAUGCGUCGAAUCCGCUUGGUCCACUCUUUCUCCGUCGCCUUCCUCUACUGGUUCUACGUUUUCUCAUGAACUAAACCCAACCCCAGAUCUUCGUUUUUCCCUCAUUUCGAUUUCUCAAUUUUACCAAAAUCCCCAAUUUGAAACCCUAAUUUUUUUUCUUUAUUUUAUUGAAUUGAUUCUUGUCCCCGAAAUGGCCUCGGUUCAGCGCCAAUCGAGCUCCGGCUCCGACGGGUGCGCGGUGGACGACAAGAAGAGGAAGAAGAUGGAGUCCAACCGCGAAUCGGCGCGACGAUCGCGGAUGAAGAAGCAGAAGCACGUGGAGGAGCUGACGGUGGAGAUCACGCGGCUCCAGAUCUCGAACAAUCAGCUCCGGCAGAGCGUCGACGCCAAGGACAAGGCCUACGGCGAGGUGGAGGCCUGGAACAAUGUCAUGAGGGCCCAGGUGAAGGAGCUGACGGAUCGCCUUCGCUACUUGGAGUCGAUUGAGCAGACAUUUGUCGAGUUCGGUGGCGGAGGAUUCGAUGAGAACAUGAACGACGACAACCUGGCUGAGAUGCAUGACACAAUGCUCAAUCCGUGGCAGCUACCAUACUCCACUCAGCCCAUCACUGCCUCAUCUGCUGAUAUGUUUCUCGAUUGGCCAUAAUAUCAAUUGCAUUAGUCCUCUGCUUUGUUACUCUUUUAUCGGAUGGAAAUUUGUUUCCGGGUCUGGUUUAGUCUGUGUUUUGGGUAAUCAGUAUCAUCAUUCUGUAAUCUGUAGUGUUAGCUUGUUUCGUGUAAUCAUUCUGUGUACUCCAAAUGCGUGUUUAAUUACCUUCUGAUCAAUGUGGCAUAUACAUUUUGGCUUCCUAUU